UAAUGUUGUAGAUAGACGAUACUAACCUCCUUCUCCUUCUCCUUCCUUUGGCUCUUCUCCCCCUCCCGAGAUCUUUGCUCUCUAUUCCCUUCGCUUGUUUCUCCUUCCAUAUCCAGGAUGGAGAGCGAUGGGCGUUACAACCCCGAUUACUACAAAGAAGGAACACACUCUGUCUGGAAUACGAUGCCUAAUCAUCAUCAGACAAAGGAGGACCAACAUAAUGCUCUGGUCAUGAAUCAGAAGAUCAUGUCCAUCCUUGCCGAGAGAGACGCUGCCCUCAAGGAAAGAGACGACGCCCUGGCUGCCAAGCAGGAAGCAUUAGCCGCUCGGGACGAAGCACUUGACCAACGCGACAAAGCUCUCUCUCUAAGAGAUAAUGCUAUACUGGAGAGGGACAGUGCCUUAAGUGCUCUUCAGUUCCGUGAACACAAUCUUAACUACAUUUUGUCACGUGCAAAGCUCGGUUCCUCCCACUUAUCCAACCCUUCCCCAUUGUCAACUAUUCCACAUGAAGCUGCGCCAAGUAAAAGAAAAAAAAAGCGCAAACCGGAAACAAGGUCAAAGGGAAAGAGAGUAGGCGAAGAUCUGAACCAUCAUGUUGCUUCUCCUGGAAAGAAAUGCAGAAAAGAUUGGGACAGUAACGUUGUCGGCUUAAACCUUGUCACCUUCGAUGAGACGACAAUGCCAGUGCCCAUGUGCACUUGUACUGGUACUGCUCGUCACUGUUACAAAUGGGGAAACGGCGGGUGGCAAUCAUCAUGCUGCACUACCACUUUGUCUCUGUAUCCUCUUCCGCAGAUGCCAAACAAGCGGCAUUCUCGAGUGGGCGGUAGGAAAAUGAGCGGAAACGUCUUCUCCAGGCUACUUAGCCGUUUAGCUGGGCAAGGCCACGACCUCUCCUCUCCCGUUGAUCUCAAGGAUUAUUGGGCUAGGCACGGCACCAAUCGCUACAUCACGAUCAUGUAGGCAAAGUAUGUUUUCUCUGUUUUUUUUCUAUCUCUCUCUCUUUUUCGUUUUAACAUUUUAGGUUCAGAGGUCGAAUGAAGCUUGUUUAGUUCCAUUCUUAUUUUAUUUUUAUUGUCCAUAGUUCUAGUUAAUGCAAAUGGUUUUGGGUUGGUCUCUGUGUUUAUUAUGUAAUUAAUAAAACAGUCUAGUGAAUAAUGAUUGUCAUAUUUUGUUUUACAAUUUCUUCAAAUCUCAAAUGGGUUUUAACCAGUUCUUCAUUCUCUCCGCUCUUCUGAUGUAUCUGACCUGACAUUUAACGGCAAGAGCCAUACCGCACCCUAACGGAUCAUCUACUACGGCUUGUCUCUAAUCGUUCCCCCUGUUCUCAUCUUGCUCAGUCUGGACAUCACCAUAUCCCAGCAACUCAACAUCAGCCAGUUAAGACAGGAGCCACAGUCUCAGCAGAAGCUGAAUGGUACCGUGUCAGCAAAAUGGAUAGAGUAGACCGGGUGUUGGCUGGAUCAAAGGAUUGGAGUUGCAUAUCAACUAGGCAAACAGUAUAUAUUUAUUUUUAUCUAUGUGCAGUGUGUUGAAUUAUGUAUAUUACAGAUGAAAUCCAGUUUUACGUCAGAUCAUGGUAGAUAUAAUUUGGUUGUAAUGGCGGGAGGGUCAAGAGAUUGAGGUUGAGACAGAGAUUGUCUGUUUGUUUUGUGCUUUUGUUAGUUUGGUAUUCUCCUCUGAUUAUUA